UUUUUUUUUUUUACUACCUCCAAGUUCACAUUUUGGGGAUUUUGUGCACGCAGCUGAGCGCGAGCCCGAGGUGGACUUGUGAGAGAGACUCCAGAGAGGAGUUGUAGUCGGGACUGUGUGUGUGUUACCAUGGAAACCGAGCGGUAAAACGCUGCGAGACGCGACAAAAAAGUCGAAAAACACAGAAAAGUUGCAAAAAACCACCGAAGAAGAGAGGGGAUGUUAGCGGUGCACGGGCAGAUGGACGGGUCCCGACCGAGCGCCUUCCUCCUCAGCACCCCCCCUCUGGCAGCCCUGCACAGCAUGACGGAGAUGAAGACCCCCCUGUACCCGGCCUACCCGCUCUCCUCCCCGGGGCCCACCUGCUCCACGUCCCCGGCCACCACGUCCCCGAACCCGGGCGGGAUCCCGGUCUCGGUGUCCUCCCCGGGGGUCAACAUGAAGAGCUCCACGGGGGGGCAGCUGUCCUCGGGGCUCGGGUCCCCGCAGCAGGGCUCCUCCGCGACCCCGCACGGAAUAAACGACAUCCUGAGCCGGCCCUCCGCGGCCGCCGUCGCCGCCGCCUCGUGCUCCUCCGCGGCCGGGAUCCUGUCCGGUCUGCCCCGGUUCAGCAGCCUCAGCCCGCCGCCCCCCCCCGGGCUCUACUUCAGCCCCGGGGCCGCGGCCCGGUACCCGAAGCCCCUGGCGGAGCUGCCGGGCCGGACCCCCAUCUUCUGGCCCGGGGUCAUGCAGAGCGCGCACUGGAGGGACGCCGCGCGCUUCGCCUGCUCGCCGCACCAGAGCUCGGUGCUGCUGGAUAAGGACGGGAAGAGGAAGCACACCCGGCCCACGUUCUCCGGGCAGCAGAUCUUCGCUCUGGAGAAAACCUUCGAACAGACCAAGUACCUGGCGGGGCCGGAGAGGGCGCGGCUCGCGUACUCACUGGGCAUGACCGAGAGCCAAGUCAAGGUACUAGUACACACAUCGGAUACACACUGGAAUACACACAGAAUACACACAGAAUACACACAGAAAUACACACUGGAAUACACGACGUGGAGACGUCUCCUAGACUCUCCAGAGGCUGGUUUUAAGACGUGGAGACGUCUCCAGAGUCUCCAGAGGCUGGUUUUAGGACGUGGAGGUGUCUUCUAG